AAAUGAAGUUUCUCGAAUUGAAUUGUGACAUUUACUAGAAAACUCGUAUAUUUACAGUGCCUGCGACGAGCAAGUAACAAGAAGAACAAUGCGAAUAUUUUCAUAAACAUAUAGCGAACAAGUUACAACGUAGUAGCAUCAACGAAUGGUAAACUCCAUUUAACUGUCAACAUUUGUGAACAAUUUUUUCUUGAAAGCUAAAUUUCAAAUAAACAAAGACUGCCGAUACGUAGAAAUUCUCGUGAAAAUGUACUCAAUGAGUUCAGUAAGAGCGACAGAACAUCCAAUUACUUCGAAAGAUAUGAAUCAAAAUCCGUACACGACACCGCUAAUAAACAGACCAUCAAUGUUUUCGAGUUCACAUCAUGAACAUCAGCCGUAUGAGUCUGUGGUCAAUCCGGAGUUGCCAAUACUUCAUCCGAAUGUGUUUCAACUACCUACAACAUCAACUCAACCACUGCUACUUCCACAGUCGGCAUUUUCACCAUUGAAUAUGCCACAAAACGGUGCUCCAUGGAAAUGCCCUGAAUGGAUGGCCAAUCAAAACAUUCAACCCGGUUCGUACAUGAGUUUCAAUGGUCUACAGUCACAGCAACGAUUGCCAUUCAAACGAAAGGCUGCACCGGAUAUGGAUCUAGAAUCGAUUCAAUCGAAGCAGUUGAUAACCGAAGAAAAAAUGGCUGCACAUCUCGAUGGACUGCAUAUUUCAUCAGAAUUCAAAGCACAUGACAUCAAUCAAACGACAAAGACUAAUGAAGCAUUUGAUGUAGACAGUGAUAGUUCGGAUUCAUUUAUUUCAUACCCGGCCAAUUUGCAAGACAUCGAAGAGAAACUGAAACGUGCUCAAAAAAUUGUCGUCGCCGAUGUAGUGAAGAGUAUUCAAGAGGAGCCACUAUUACCGGCUGCAAUAUUGGAACGAUUCGAAAAGCCAUGCAAAGCGCUUGUCAUUUGGCAACCACCACAACGACUCACCGAUAUGAUCGUAUCGAAAGCAUCGCAAGAACAACAGCAGGACGACGAUGAAAACGCCGAUAAUAACAAUGUCGACUUGAUAGAUGCAAACAACGACUUGCAAAUGGAUAUGGAUAGUUAAGAGUAUGUUGCGUUCAAUAUCUAAUUAUUGAUAAUUUCACAUUCGGGUGUUAAGUUUAGAUUAUAGUUCGUAAUCUCUGUCGUCAUGUACGAACCCUUAAAAAAAUGAUUUGUAAUCGCAUCGAUUAACACGCAUUAAUAAAAAGAAACGAAUUCGAAGCUUUUUUUUACCCAAA